GAUGUCUUCCACAGGGUCAAAAUCAGAGUUUUGAUCUUCCUCUGAAGAAAAGGAGUGACAUCUGUACAAUAAUGUAUACUAGUGGAACUACUGGUGACCCCAAGGGAGUGUUGAUAUCAAAUGAGGGUAUUAUUACUCUCUUAGCUGGGGUUAAGCGACUGUUGGAGAGUGUCAAUGAACAAUUGACUGAGAAAGAUGUAUACAUAUCAUACCUCCCUCUUGCACAUAUUUUUGAUAGGGUCAUUGAGGAGGCAUUCAUUUGGCAUGGUGCUUCGAUAGGUUUCUGGCGUGGGGAUGUCAAAUUGUUAAUUGAAGAUAUUGGGGAACUUAAACCAACUAUUUUCUGUGCUGUUCCCCGUGUGCUUGAUAGAGUAUACUCGGGUUUGACACAAAAGAUUUCUUCCGGUGGCUUCUUAAAGAAGACAUUAUUCAACUUCGCAUAUUCAUAUAAGCUGAAUAACAUGAAGAAAGGGAUUACACAUGGAGAGGCAUCUCCACUUCUUGAUAAAAUUGUGUUUGAUAAGAUAAAGCAAGGUUUAGGGGGUAGGGUACGUCUUAUUUUGUCUGGAGCAGCACCUUUAUCUGCACAUGUGGAAGGUUACUUACGGGUUGUGACUUGUGCUCAUGUCCUACAAGGAUACGGUCUGACGGAAACUUGCGCGGGAACCUUUGUCUCUUUACCAAAUGAAAUGGAUAUGCUUGGAACAGUGGGCCCUCCUGUACCAAAUGUGGACGUGUGUCUGGAAUCUGUUCCUGAAAUGGGGUACGAUGCCCUAGCCAGCACACCAAGAGGAGAAAUUUGUGUAAAAGGAAAAACCUUGUUUUCAGGGUAUUACAAACGUGAAGACCUCACCAAAGAGGUUAUGAUCGAUGGAUGGUUCCAUACAGGGGAUAUUGGAGAGUGGCAACCCAAUGGAAGCAUGAAAAUUAUUGAUCGAAAGAAGAAUAUAUUUAAGCUUGCACAAGGAGAAUAUGUUGCAGUUGAAAACCUGGAGAAUAUUUACAGUCAAGUUUCUUGUGUUGAAUCUAUAUGGAUUUAUGGAAACAGUUUCGAGGCUUUCCUUGUUGCUGUUGUUAACCCUAGUAAGCAAGCGCUUGAACAUUGGGCACAAGAAAAUGGUAUAUCCACGGACUUCGAUUCUCUCUGUGAAGAUCCUAGAGCAAAACGUUACAUAGUUGAAGAGCUCUCAAAGAUCGCAAAGGAAAAGAAGUUGAAAGGUUUUGAGUUUAUAAAAGGAGUUCACCUUGACCCAGUUCCAUUUGACAUGGAACGUGACCUUAUCACUCCAACAUAUAAGAAGAAGAGGCCUCAGAUGCUUAAAUACUAUCAGAAUGCCAUUGACAACUUGUACAAGAGUGGAAAUAAACCCCGUGCCUGAGUAAUUGCCAUGGAGAUAAUUUAGUUUGUGCAUUUUAUAGUAUUUGUCUACGUUCUAUUGUUUCCUUUGGUGACUGUAUAUAUGAUUAUUCAGAAUUGGCUGAUAAUAUGCAUUGCAUAGCUUUUGUUCAACCGCAGAAGACUCGAAAUAUUGGCUCGAUAUGACUAUUACUUGGAGCACAUUUUUUUUGGAAAAAUACUGUUUGCAACUGUGUA